AUGAUAUCUCAGAGCGUCGUUAUGAUUAAGGCUUUGUCUGGUAAAAAGCCGCUGAUCAUUAUCGCCAUAAUAUUAUUAUGCAGUGCAUUUUAUUAUGAAAUUCUUCAUCUAAGUAUUGAGGAUAUGCUAUUGGUUGCCCGCGUAAGGAACAUUAAUAAACCAUUUGAAAUAGAUAAAUUUGUAUCAAUACCGCUAGGCAAUAAAAGCAAAAACGUUUAUUCUAAAUUUCGAUGCACAGGCGACUUAAAUAAUAUUGAUGCAUGGCAAGAUCGUUUAUGUAUAUUUAACAAUAUUUGCUACAAUAGAAAUAAACGACAGUUCCAAUAUUAUCGUCGUGAUAAAACCAAGCCUCUGUUCUUUGAUGGUGUUAAGGGAAUGUUAUACGAUUUUAGUAUUUAUAAUAAUUUCGGACGAGGUUUUGUUUCAGUUGGCAUAGCUUAUGAUCCGGCAUUUUCAUGGGCACCCUUCGCUAUAGAGCAGCCAUAUCCACAAGAAGAUUUUAUCCAAUUAGCAAAUUUACACAGAAAGGUAAAAUCGCUUCCCGAAAAACGUUUAGGUCGUCGAACUUUGACCGUUUUUCGAGAUUGUAAAGAGACUGUGGAAGAACUACUUUUACGACAAUAUUGGUCAUCUGUUAUGGGAAGAGUUUGGAUCAUUAUGGUAUGGAAUGGAAAGAAUGAAGGAAUUUGA